GCUUUUGUUGCGAAUCAAGCAAGAAAGGAAAAGACUGCAAAAUUAAAAUUUUCGUCGUCCUAUAACAACAGUCACAGGCCACAACACAAGAAAAAGUGGGUGAUUAGCGGAAAAAUCGAACUUCCUCGCGCGCACAGGAAAACCGAAAAGGCCACGCAGUGUCGCAAAGUGUCGCUAAUUUCUAAUUCGCCAAGGAUAAUCACCGUGUGAGAAUGUGCAGCCGCAGUAUCGAAUUCAAGCUGGCUUGAAGACGUCGUCGUCGUUCAACACGUCAUCCGCGAGGAUGCGUUCGAGUGGAUUCGGUUAACGGGAUACAUACAGACAAACUAGAGGGAUGGCCGUCACUCCGAGGCCGGGCAUCAGCGAGUACCAGAUGCUGGAGCAGAUUGGAAGCGGAUCGUACGCGACUGUGUACCGUGCGAUGCACAAAGCAUCCAAGGAGAUCUACGCGGUAAAAUGUGUGAGGAAGGGAACCCUGUCGAAAUCGGCCGUGGACAACAUCGUGACGGAGAUCAGUCUGCUGAAGAAGCUCAAGCAUCGGCACAUCGUGGAGAUGAAGGAUUUUCUUUAUGACGAGAAGUGCAUUUACAUCGUGAUGGAGUACUGCAAUGGGGGAAGCUUGUCGACGUAUAUAAGGCAGCGGCAGAAAUUGGGGGAGGUCACCUGUAAGGUGUUUCUGAGGCAGCUGGCGUCGGCGCUGAAGUACAUGCGGGAGAACGAGGUCAGCCAUUUUGACUUGAAGCCGCAGAAUCUGCUGCUGAUGAAGAGUAACGGAAGUGCUCAGGCGCUGAAGGUGGCCGAUUUUGGUUUUGCGCAGCAUCUGAAGCUGGGACAGGAGAAUACUUCGAUCAAAGGGUCACCUCUUUACAUGGCGCCGGAGAUUCUGUUGAAGCAUUGUUACGGGCCAUCGGCGGAUUUGUGGAGCAUCGGAGUCAUAUUGUAUGAGUGUUUGUUCGGAAGGGCACCGUACAGUUCAAAGACGUUGCAGGAGCUGCUGGACAAGAUUCGAACGGAGCGGAGAAUUGAACUUCCGAAGACACCGAAGAUUUCACCGGAAUGUGAGGAUCUGCUGUGCAGAUUGCUGCAACGGUCACCUGACGAUCGGAUAACCUUUGAUGAGUUCUUCAAGCACGCAUUUUUAGAUCUGAAACACGCGCCUUCGGAACAGAAUCUGGAGAAGGGAAUCGCGCUGAUCAAUGAAGCCAUCGAAUUGGACAAGAAGCAGGAAUAUGACGCGGCCUACGGGAAGUACUGCAAGGGCCUCCAAUAUUUUGUUCCCAUCAUCCAGGCGGAAACCGACCCCGAGAAGAAGGACGUCCUUCGGCAGCGGGUUCAAACCUAUCUGGCCCGGGCUGAAGAGAUCAAACAUUCAUUCCAGCAGGACACCCCUGUUCAGCCGUCGACCUCCAAACCCCUGAAACGGGCUGCGUCUCGUGUCGCUCAGAUCCAGAGAGCCCUCCAGCCGACCGACCUCUACCGACAGCUCCUGACCAUGUCGUCGUCCAGCCCUGCUCUGAAGUCCGCCUUGGAAAUUGGCCGCCAGGCAGAGCUGUACGCUCUCGAGAACAAGCUGGACGUCGCGCUGGAAUCCUACAAGACCGUACUGGGUGCCUUGAUGCCGCUGCUGGCCGAGGAGCCGCGGGGAUCCCAACGGAGGGACCUCCUGCAUCGACAAAUCGUCCACUGGAUGGAGGAAGCCGAGCACAUUAAAUCCGUCCGCUCGGCGCAGAUCCUGGAGGAGAUGGAAAACGGCCCGGCUGCGCAGUACAAUUGCUGCGUGCAGUGAGAAUCUAAUCGAAUAACUACAUUAUUUACCUAACUAGUUUUGUGGCUUUAGCUUUGAUUGUGACAUUACAUUUUAAAUAAACUAUACACCGACCAUGCUUAUCUUACUCUAGAAA